AAAGGAGACCAGAAAGCAGGUUCCACCAUCUCCUCGUGGAGAUGGUAGCGAGCUGAGCCGGAGAAGAAGACUUGCAUGGCAAGUCGCUAGGUUUCACGUUAUCUGCUGCCUUUGUAACUUAGAAGACCAUCAUGGACGUGGACAUAGACCCUGAACAACUCUUUACUGAAAAAAUGCCAAAAAAUUAUGCCCAGCCUGACGUCUUGAAUCACACAUUUGACCUUCUCUCGAACCUUCACAAGUUGCUCCCAAAUCACUUGGUGGAAGUGCUUCAUUCCUACAGAAGCGAAGAGGACAAAAACAAAUGUGAGAAGCCUGAGUUCUCUGGUCUAGAAAAGAUCUUAGCAAGACAUCAGUUACCAAAAGAGAUCAGUCUCUCCCCAAAGCCAAGCCUUAUGCCCUCAUGGAGAAGAAGGAUAAUCAACAAUAUCAGUGGAAACUGGAAGAAAUGUCACCUGUGGCAGAAAAGCACCUACGAGCCGCCCAUGGGCACCAUCGUUGCCAGGUGGACCAAAAAGAACUUGCAACCCACAGAGGACCUCAAAUCAGUUAUCCAAAGACUGUCAGCACUUGGCCCAAUUAUCUCAGUCACUCCUUGUGGACGACAAAGUGCUAUUGUGGUGUUCAGAGAUGUCACCUCUGCUUGUAAGGCUGUGAGUGCUUUCCAGUCCAUGUCAGGAGACUCAAUGUUCCAGUGCUCAUGGCAGCAUCGAUUCAUGGCAAAAAACAAAACUUGGUCAAGAAAAUGUACUUCAAAACUACACUUAGAAAAAAGAGAAUCAACAGUAGGAGACCCACAGGAGCUCCAUAAUUAGCUGGGAGUGGACUCACCCUGUCCGAAGCAUAGACAGCAUCAAAUAGUGCCAAGACGGUGACAGCGAUUCCCACAGCUGGGCCAUUUACUACCGCAACCAGAGGCUUCGGAAAGUCUAUAAAACAGUUUACAAAUUCCCUACAGAAAUGGAAAGAGGAAAGCAUUAAAGAUUUCAAAGUA